ACAUAGGGUUUUUUGCCACAUUAGUGAGAUCGUGUGCAACAUGUGUGUACUUGUGCUUAAAUUUGUUGCCGCUAGGAUGUGGUUUACUGCAUGCAACUAACCCACGCCGGAAAUUCUUCGGCAUUUUAAAUGUUUGCAUUCUCACCUUUUUUUCUCCUCCUGUCAGUCAGAGAGGGUCUCAGUCUGUCACCACCAGCAGUUGUGUUGUUCUCAUCUGUUAACAUGUUUCCCAGGGUGAUUUUGAAGGGAACCAUGAUCAAAAAGUCUCAGCAAAAGAAGAGAACGUCACCGUGUAAUUACAAAGAGAGGUUUUUUGUUUUGGAUACGCAGGAGUUAAAGUAUUCAGAACGCCGUUCAGGGAAAAAGCCCAUGCUGAAAGGCUGCAUUCACCUGUCCAAAAUUAAGUGUGUGGAAAUAGUGUGUAGUGACAUCCCCAUACCAUGCCAAUACAAGUACCCUUUUCAGGUUUUUCAUGACAACUAUUACCUCUACAUUUUUGCUCCGGACAAUGACUGCCGUAUGAGAUGGGUUAAAGCCCUCAAGGAAGAGACAAAAUAUAACAAUUUGGUAGCCAAAUACCACACCAAUUUCUGGAUGGCUGGAAAAUGGAGAUGCUGCCUGCAAACUGACAAACUGGCAGCAGGUUGUCAUGUGUAUGAUCCAGUGGGUUGUGUCACUAAGAAGCCACUUCCACAACUCCCAGAUCCAGAGAUGUCAUUGCAAUCUUCAGAACAGCAGUUGGUCGUAGCUUUGCAAGAUUACGUGCCGAUGGGAGACGACGAUUUGCCCCUCCAGAAAGAUCAGGAGUACCUGCUGAUCAACAGCUCCCACGCUGAUUGGUGGGCUGUGCAGGACGACAUGGGUAAAACUGGUUUUGUGCCCAGUACGUACGUUGCUGAAAAAUGUGGUAACAACUUUGAGAGAUUUCAAUGGUACAACAAGCACAUUAACAGAGCGGAGGCAGAAGACUUGUUAAUGAAAAAGGGAAAGGAAGGAGCAUUCAUGGUGCGUGACUCAAGACAAGCAGGAGUCUACACGGUGUCUGUUUACACCAAAGCGCCAGGAUCAAAAGGGGAAAAGAAUCCCAGAGUGAAACAUUAUCAGAUAAGGCAGGAGGAAGGAGGACAGUUCUACUUGGCUGAAAAGUAUCUGUUCAACACCAUUCCUGAGCUCAUCCGCUAUCACCAACACAAUGCCGCUGGUCUGAUAACGCGGCUUAGAUACCCCGUUUUGCCGGAUGGAUGCUGUUUCCAGGAAGCUGCUGAAGAUCAGUGGGACAUCCUCCCGGAGGAGCUGAUCCUGGGGGAAGAGAUAGGCAGUGGGCAGUUUGGGCUCGUACUGGAGGGGAGGUGGCGGGAGAAGAAGGUGGCGGUGAAGAUGGUGCGAGAAGACUGCAUGACUGAUGACGAGUUCAAAGAGGAGGCAAAAGUUAUGAUGAAGCUGUCUCACUGUAAACUGGUGCAGCUGUUUGGAGUGUGUGCACAGCGCUCUCCCAUGUGUCUGGUGUUUGAGUUCAUGGAGAAAGGAUGUCUGUCCGAUUACCUGCGGGAGAAGAAAGGCCAGCUGUCUCAGGAAACGCUGCUGGGAAUGUGUCUGGAUGUCAGCGAAGGGAUGGCUUAUCUUGAAAGCUCCAACUUUAUACACAGGGAUCUGGCAGCUCGGAAUUGCCUCAUCUCGAAGAACAAUGAGGUAAAAGUGUCAGACUUUGGCAUGACCAGGUACGUUCUUGAUGAUCAGUACACAAGCUCCCUGUGCUCCAAGUUCCCUGUGAAGUGGUCGGCUCCAGAGGUGAUCAAAUACUCCAAGUUCAGCAGCAAGUCUGACGUCUGGUCAUUUGGUGUGCUCAUGUGGGAGGUGUACAACGAGGGCCGUCUCCCGUACGAGAACCGCUCAAACUCAGAAGUCGUGGAGUCGCUGAACGUGGGACUGAGGCUCCUAAAACCACGCCUGGCCUCAGACGCCGUCUACAUGCUGAUGGACUGGUGCUGGAAGGAGAAACCAGACGACCGGCCGUCUUUUGCUCUCCUCCUGCAUGAACUGUCCGAGCUCUCUGGCCUGUGAACUAAUGCGAGUUUUCACUCUUGACUCACCUCACUGUUCUCUUUAUUUAUUUAUUUAUUGUUCCUUUGUUGCACUGCCAGGCUUCUGUCAACGUGUGUAUAAGGGUUUACUAAAUGUGUGGAUUUUGCACUUUACUCGUUUCAUUAUGCUGUAAUAUGAUCACAAAGCUACUGUAUAUAUUCUAGAAUAUCAACAUAUUUCAGUUACAGUUUUACUUUAUUUGUUAAUUUGAUUGUUUCUCCUCCUUACCAACGUUAAAAUUAAUUUUCUAAACAUGGAUGGUAAUAGAACUUUAGCAGGUGAGGUGACGGUUUGCCCUGGAAAGGAGAUGUGUGUGACUGAGAGGAGCCACGUUUUUUGAUUAAAAAAAAAAAAAAAAAGGUAAAACACAACCUGAGCUGCUAUUUGUCUUGUCGCGUCAGUUCACCACAACCCCGACAGCUUGUGGCUUAUCUCUUCUGAAUACGUGAUCUAGAAGUAAAAAUUUUACAUGAAGAACACAGAAAGGAAGUGUUCACUUCACCAGAGAACAGUCACUUGUAAUAGUUGUGAUUUGGUUUAACCUUUGUUGAGAUCAAUGAUGUGCAAAUAUAAAGUUUAAAUUUUAAAGCGUACAAAGGAAAAACGAUGAAAAUACAGGUGCAGGUUCUUAUCUACAAUCCGGUGAGAGCAUAAAGGGAAAAAGUGAAACUGA